AUGUGCCCUGCCGCUGUUCUAGAUCGAGAAAGUAGAAGAAGAUCUAUUGCUGACAAAGUUAAGUCUUACCCCGACUUCCCUAAACCUGGAAUUCUAUUUAGAGACAUGUUCCCACUUUUGAGAAAUCCAACUGACUACAGAGAGUGCAUAAAUUUAUUUGUUGAAGAAAUUAGGGAAAAAUACCCCAGUACAGAAGUGGUUGUCGGCAUCGAGUCGAGGGGGUUCCUUUUUGCGCCUCUGAUGGCCCAACAGUUGAAUGUGGCUUUCAUCCCCAUUAGGAAGGCAGGGAAAUUGCCUGGGCAGACGAUUUCUUACUCCUAUGCUCUUGAAUAUGGCAAUGAUACAAUCGAGAUUACAAGAGAAAGUAUAGAAGCAGGUCAACAUGUUGUUGUUGUGGAUGAUUUGUUGGCAACUGGAGGUACAUUGUCAGCCUCCAUAGAAUUAAUGAACAAGGCAGGGGCUUCAGUGGAGUGCUGCAUGGUCCUACUUGAACUCUGUGACCUCAAGGGCAGAAAGAAGAUUAAGUCUCCUGUCUAUUCUAUGAUACCCCUUAAUUAA